AUGGUUGCUUCUCACCUCAAGCUGGCCAUCGGCCUGACUGCAGCUUCGAAUGUUGUGGCAUUCUCCUCGAUUAGGAUCGCGCCUACUGUCGAGGCAGGCAAGGAGGUCGAGGUCUCUAUCGUUAACGACCUCGAGGACUCGGACUCUUUCGACGCUGGCUUCGAGAAGUUCCGUGUCUACCUCGCCACAACGCCUCCUGGCUGGGGCACCGGUCCGGCCUGUUACCUCGUCAACGCCACGGCCAUCGACGAAACGAGCGUGAAGGUGACAAUCCCGCCGUCCGUCGUUCCUCAUGGCAGCGACGUCAUGAUCUCCGUCAUGGAGUUCAAUGAGGACCCGAGCCUCGACGGUCCGUCUGGUUUCCAGUACAGCAACGAAUUCACUCUCAACGGUGGCAAAGGCGAAUGGAGCAAGCCUGAGCUCGAAGGAUUCAACAUCGGUGACUCGGACACCAUUCCCUGCGAAGCAUAUGCUUGCGCCAGGGAUUGUAUGGUCCAGUUUUAUCCCGACAACAAGGAGGACGAGUCCGCAUACAAGAAGACGUACGAGUGCACUGCCGAGUGCCCUGGCGUUGACUACCCUGCAUGGGACUCUCUCCCUGGUGUUGAUGAGGUGCCUUCGGACAAUGACGGCGAUGAUGAGGGCGAUGAUGAUGAAGAGACCGCUUCGAUAUCAGGUGCUACCUCGGGAACGGCAACUCCCAGCUCCGGGGCGGCUACGACGAUUCUCACUACAACUGGAGCUGAUGAGGCGAGCGCGUCGACAGAGACACCUAGCUCCGCCGGACGUCACACGGCGUCUCUCAUGCUGCUGGCUGGAAUCAUUGGAAUGUGCAGUCUUUUUUGA